AUGGCUGCUCAAGCUGGUCAGCCUCAAUCCAAGUCGGCCAAAAAGAAGGCCGCCAAGGCUCUUGAGCGAACCGAAUCUCCUGCGCCUAGCGUCACCUCCGCUUCUGCCACUGCCGAUAAGAACAGCAGUGAUGACAGUUUUGAGAGCCCUUACAUCAAAGAGAUCCAAAAGAACAUUCGAAACGUUAACAAGAAGAUCACCAACGCUUCCAAAACCGAUUCUCUUCUAGCUGAGAACCCCGGCAAAUCGCUUGACGAGCUCAUCGAGUCCAAGAUCAUCAAUGCCGAUCAGAAAGCCCAGAUUCUCAAGAAGCCUGCACUCCAGCAGCAGCUAGCGCAGCUCGAGGAGCAGCUCACCCAAUACCAGAAGGUCGACGAGCAGUACAAGACACGUGCCGCCAGCGACAAGGCGGAAUGGGAAAAGAAACUCGAGAAAGCCAAGGCCGAUGGAAAGGCUGAGGCUAAGGGUGAAGCUACCAAGGACCUUCACGACAAUCUGCUGGUCCUGUCACAAUUCCUGCGACUUGCUGCCUACCGUCGCGAAGAAGCUCAAGACCCCGAGUCAGACGAGAGCCAGGCCAUCGAGGGAGUUCUUCUUGCUAUCUACUCUGGUGAUGAGAGUGCUGUCCAGUCUAUGCUGAAGCUCGUCAACGGAUCCGACGAUCAAAUUGUCAGCGUGCCGGGUGAGCAGCUGCAAACCCAUUUUUCCAAGGUCAAGGCCCUUGCACAGGAAUACAAGACCCCCUACGAUGAUGCUCAGCCCAUUGAGGAGAGCGCCGAACAGCCUAAGGAAGUUGUUACGGAUCCUACUAUUGCGCAUGCUGCCGCUACCGAGAUCGAGGCUGGCGACACUGUCCUUCCUACCAUCACUGCUGAGCCUUCUUCCAAUGGAUUGGCCAACGCCAGUGUCGCCGAUGACGCUGCCAACGCUGUUGCCGAGAGCCACUGGGACUCCACUAACAAUGAGAUGUCCACUUCCCAGGAGUGGGUUGACGUGAAGCCUGCUGAGGCUGUGGAAGAGGCUGCUGCUCCCGCUCCUACUCGUGUUGCCAACGCCAACUCGUGGGCGGAUGAUCACCCAGAGGCAAGUCGUGCAUCUUCUAUAUUCCAUGCCAAAGAAGCUAACCAGACAAAUCAGGCCACCGCCCCCGCCGAUCCUAACGAUGGCUUCCACCAAGUCCAGCGAAACCGACCCCGCAACGAGGGUGGCAACCACCGAGGCCGUGGACGUGGUGAGCACCGAGGUCGAGGCGGCUUUCGCGGUGAUGGUCGUGGCCGAGGCCGCGGCCGUGGAGGUGCUGGUGGUGCCCCUCGAGGAGGUGCUCGACGCGGCGAAGAGUCCUAA